AUCGAGGAGUAUUAAAUAAUGUCAACUGUAGUCGACGAAUUACAAGAUUAUUUAUGCUCUAAUCUACAGACUGAACAAGACUUGAGUCUUGACAAUGUUAAACGUCUAUUACAAAUUCAAUACGAGGAAAAAGCAUCUCUAGAUUCUCAAUUACAAACACUCAAACAAACAACAAAGCAAAAAUUAUCAAGAACAUUGCAAACAUCUAAAACUCAUCAUGCAAAACUCAAUGAACUAUCAACUUCAUUAUUAUCAACAGAAAACACUCUUCAAACAUUUAUUCAUCAUGAACCCACUCUUCAACUAUUGUCUCAACUUACACAUUUAGAACAAAAAAUAAAGAAAAUAGAUAUCGCAAAAACUUAUAUCAAAUCACUUUUAGUAGCCUCUGAUCUAAGUUCUCAAGCUAUGGAAUUAGUUAUAAAAGAACCUCAAGAAGCGAUAACACCUUAUAAGCAACUCUUACAAUUUGAAAGCUAUUUGGAGAAACAUGCUGCUUAUAAAGGACUCUAUGAAUCUAUUAAAAAAUCUCGUCUUUCUCUUUGGGAACAACUGAAUGAUGUCUUGACAAAAAACUUCAAGGACACUUUACAAGAUCUCGACUGGCCAAAGCCUCUUCGACCCCCUUAUGGCCCACAUAUGAAAGACAAAUUGAAUGCCUUUGAAAAGGCCUUCUCUAACUUGCUGAUCCUUGAAAAAUUUGAAUCAGAUGUCAUUUCAAAUCCUAUUUUAAUUAUGCUUGAAGCUUUAUCGAUUCGUUUUCGUUUUCAUUUUGAAUCUUCUAAACCUACAAAUCGUCUUGAUAAACCUGAAUGGUACUUGACAUUUGUGAAGGAUACCAUCGCUAGUCAUAUCCCAUUCUUACUCACUACCGUUCAACCUCUUUGUGGAACUUGGAAUGCAAAGGAUCAAUUUAUUACAGGCUUACUGAGAGAUGUGGAACGAAAGAUACAAGAUACAUUCCCUAAACUAUUAAAUCAUCCCAACUGGCUAAGUCAUACGAUACAUGAAAUCCUUGUCUUUGAUAAAUCACUGUUAGAUCAUUUCGCUUAUUCCUCACACCUCUCAUCCUACACCAUUUUCACACAUGAUGCUUGGUUCACUACUUGGUUUGAAGCAGAACGCUCUUUUGCUCUAGUCAGAUUUGAUACCAUCAUGUCAGAUCCACGAGCCUUUCAUGUCGAUGAUACCUCAAGAGCAACUACAUCAGCCAUUCGACUUGUUGAACUCUUGGAGAGUAUAAGAGAUGUGUAUGAAUUAGUACCAUCCACUGAACAAAAGUGUCGCUUCUUGAAUGAGAUACAACUUGAUUUAUUAGAUCAAUAUCAACAAAGAAUAUCGAAUGCAAUCGAUUCAUUUGAGGCACUUUCUCUUAUUCGAUCUGUACCUGUACCUGGUGCAUUACCAGAGGCUGUGACAGGUGUCAUGACAACGACUGAGACAGGUGGAACAGUAGCUGCUAUACAUCGUCUCUAUCGAUGGUGGAGAAGUGUAGAUUAUAUCAUCAAUAGAUUGAAAGAUUGGUCAGAAGACGAGUUCUUUUUGGAAUUGCAGUUUGAUAUCAAUCAAAAUCACAAAAAAUUAGGACAAGACGGAUUAUUUAAAAAUAGUUUGAAUACUUUUAAACAACUUGAUUUACGUACAGAAAAAAUGAUGAUUAAAAUUGCUAUAAAAGAAUGGAUAACAGGAGCUCGAAAAUAUGCUAAAAAGGAUACUUGGUGGCAGACAUCAUGUACAGAUAUAACUGAAAUAUCACAUGAAUUAUAUCAACCUUUACAAAACUUUAGAAACACCUUCAAUUCUAUUUAUCCUAUUUUACCAGAAGCUAAAUUUUUAUUAGUCUAUCGUAAGACACUUCAAGAAAUUGAGGAUUGGUAUUGGAAACAGAUUAUUACUCAAAAUCAAUUCUCCACAAUGGGCGCCUUACAAUUAGAAACUGAUUUAAAACAAGGUUUAUGGAAAAUUGGGCAAAAAUGGACAAAGAAGCCUGAAAACCUGAUGAAGAGACUGAAAGAAGCAAUUCAAUUACUUGUUUUACCCUUUGAUAAUGAUACUGUGUCAUGUAAUAAAUUAAUGAAGGCAUUAACAGAUACAAGUCAACUGGAAAAUGUACAAAAGAUGUUACAAGCCAUUGGCAUAGAAGUCUUGAGCAAUGGUCAAAUACAUUUUCUUGGAAGUGUACAAUGUCCAAUAGACGAUUGGCGAUACGAAAUGAGAAGAGAAAUUCAAGAAAUCAUUCCUGGUCUCUUUUUAGGACCAUUUUCAGCUUGUCGUAAAACAAAUGAACUCAAAGAUUUGGGAAUCACUCACAUUCUAUGUUGUGUUGACUUGGCAGAGGCUAAACUCUUUCGUACCGAUCUUUUAGCUCAACAUUUUAAAUAUCAUCAAUUGAUCGUGACUGAUUCCAACUUGCAAAACCUCAUUCAAUAUUUUCCAUCCACAUCGAAUUACAUUCAUAAUAUCUUACAACAACAAAAGGGUAAAGUGGUUGUGUGUUGUAACGGAGGCAUGUCACGAAGUCCUACUUUUAUCGUUGCUUAUAUUAUGGAAUAUUUUAAUGUGGACGCUUCGCAAGCUUAUGAAUUUGUUCAGACAAAACGUCUUUGUAUUAAUCCAAAUGAUGGUUUUAAAAGUCAACUCAAGGAAUAUGAACCCAUUUACAAAGCACGCUUAUUACAAUCAAAUAAUCAAGAUAUACUUCAAAAUAAAAAAAGGCGUACAGAUGAAGAACAAGAAGAAACUACAAAACGAUUUUUAGGUAUAGAAGAACAACAACAAAAUGGUGUAAAUGCAAAUAUGAAUGCAGGCUACUCCUCUAUGUUGUUAUAAUGUGUGCGCGUGUGUAUAAAUAAAUAAAUAUAUAUAAA